UCUGGGUGGCCGAAGACAGUUGAAGUUGCCAGGAAAGGAGUUUCACUUUUCAGAAGGACUCGUUCGUUCAGAUGCCAGAGAAGUCCGCUCCAUAGCAACCGUAGGGCGUGGAAUCAAUGUGUGACAGGGAGAGAACCCCACAAAGUGCAUAGUGGAAUAGUAAAACCCAAGUGUCAUAGCAACUUUGCGGGGUUUUCUCGUGAUGGCUCACAAGCCAAUAAUACUAUUCUCACUACCUUCGCGAAUCGCCAUUAUCAUCGGCAUUGUCACCCAAUCAAACACCUAUCGCCUUCUGGGCAGACCAUAAGCUCUCACUUUGAUCACAUUUCCUCACCGUCCACUUUUGUGGUCAGAGCUACCUCUAUCAAAGUUUCGAUCUUUUUUUUUGGCUUCUGGGUGCUUCUGAUUCUUCGUUUCAGGCUGUUUUUCUGAUCCAGAUGUUGCUUUUGGGGUUCGUUACUUUUGACGUGUUUUGUGAUUUUGAAAGGUCGGGACCUCUGUGAAAAUCGUGUUGCUUUUUUCCUUGGAUAGCACUUGUAGUAUUUCAAUUUUCCUCAGAUUUCCUGGAUUUUGCGUUCUUUGCUGUUGCUUUGAAUAAAAAUCUCUGAAAAACAGUCAUCUUGGAAUUUGAUUUCGUGGUGGGUAAGCCAUGGAUUCUUAUUUUGCGACACUGAAGGCCAACGUUCAUCCAGUCGAAGUGUGCAGAGGAGUUAGGAAUAUGGGAACGGGGUUUUGGGGUGAGAGUAUAGGAGUGAGCCUAAAAGGCAGGGAUUUGAGUGCAUUCUUGAAGAGCUCGGAAAGUGAAAGUAGGAGGGUUACUAAGGUUAAGCCCGGUGUUCCCUUCUCUGUUCUCACAUCAGAUAUCAACAAGGAGGUUAUGACAUUUCAGGCCCCCAUUUUUGAGACUCCAAGAGUAGACCCGAAAAAUGUAGCUUCUAUCAUACUAGGUGGAGGUGCUGGAACUCGCUUAUUUCCUCUUACCAGCAGAAGAGCCAAGCCCGCGGUUCCAAUUGGGGGGUAUUACAGGCUGAUCGACAUCCCAAUGAGUAAUUGCAUCAACAGUGGCAUAAAGAAGAUAUUCAUCUUAACACAAUUUAACUCGUUUUCCCUCAACCGUCACCUUGCUCGAACAUAUAAUCUCGGGAAUGGUGUUAAUUUUGGAGAUGGUUUUGUGGAGGUUUUGGCUGCCACUCAAACACCAGGAGAAGCAGGGAAGAGAUGGUUCCAAGGAACAGCAGAUGCCGUGAGGCAAUUUAUAUGGGUCUUUGAGGAUGCCAAGAACAAGAGUGUUGAGCAUAUAUUGAUACUGUCUGGUGAUCACCUCUAUAGGAUGGACUAUAUGGAUUUUGUGCAGAGGCAUGUUGACACAAACGCUGAUAUUACAGUUUCAUGUGUGCCCAUGGAUGAGAGCCGCGCACCAGAUUAUGGACUGAUCAAAAUCGGUAACUCAGGACGUAUUACUCAAUUCUCUGAGAAACCCAAGGGCCUGGACCUGAAAGCAAUGCAAGUUGACACCACUUUGCUAGGGCUUUCUGAACAAGAUGCCCGAAAAUACCCGUACAUUGCAUCAAUGGGUGUCUAUGUAUUUAGAACUGAUGUCCUACUAAAGCUGUUGAGAUGGGGAUAUCCUUCAUGUAACGAUUUUGGGUCUGAAAUUAUUCCAUCAGCUGUGAGGGAGCACAAUGUUCAAGCAUAUCUAUUCAAUGAUUACUGGGAGGACAUCGGAACUAUAAGUUCUUUUUUUGAUGCCAACUUGGCCCUGACCAAACAGCCUCCGAAGUUUGAAUUCUAUGACCCCAAGACACCUUUCUACACAUCUCCAAGAUUCUUGCCACCAACUAAAGUUGAAAAAAGCAGGAUUCUUGAUGCAAUUAUUUCUCAUGGUUGCUUCUUGCGGGAAUGCAGCAUUGAGCACUCUAUUGUGGGUGUGCGCUCACGUUUAGAUUAUGGUGUAGAACUUAAGGAUACUAUGAUGAUGGGUGCAGACUACUACCAAACUGAAUCUGAAAUUGCAUCUCUGCUAGCCGAGGGAAAGGUUCCAAUUGGUGUUGGACAGAACACCAAAAUCAGGAAUUGCAUAAUUGAUAAGAACGCCAAGAUAGGAAGAAAUGUGGUCAUCACAAAUGGUGAUGGUGUCCAAGAAGCGGAUAGACCAAAUGAAGGGUUUUACAUCCGGUCAGGGAUCACCGUCAUAUUGAAAAAUGCAACAAUUAGGGACGGAAAGGUCAUAUAAAUCUUUGCACAUACAAGAGCUUCCUUCGUCAGAUUGAGCCCGUGUUGCAAGUGCAAGAGCAAGCCGUUAGUAAGUUUAAAUUGUAGCAGCAAUAACCACUAGCAGGAAUGCGCCUAUAUAUAAUAUAUAUAUAUAUAUAUGUAUGUAUGUAUGUAUGUAUGUAUGUAUGUAAAUGACGAAGAAGGCCUCCUACUUCCUGAAUAAAAGAACUUCUGCUCGGUUUAUUCAUUUCUA